AUGGUGAGAUUUUUGCAAGAUUCAAAGGACAAUGCGACCGAUACUCCGGCGCUGAACAAUAUUCCCGUCAGUGCUUUGCUCGCACUGAUCAACGCUAGUAAUGUGACCAUCGUCGAAGGAGACGUUGUCCCUGUCGCUGACGAAGAGGAAGACGAGCAUGUUUACACCGCGAAGAGCGCAGCGGAAGUGCAGGAGAUGUUUCAACUGGACAUGGAAGCUAUCAAAGCUGGUCGCAACGCCGCUCUGAACUGGCACAAUGACAAGCGCAACCUUCACGAAGGGACUGGCCCUAUGACACUGAACAAGCAUGCAAGCAGAAAGGCGCAAGCUUGGGCGGAUAAAAUUGCAGCUGGCGAGGAGUUUGGUUACGAUCCCGAAAAUACACUUUGCGGAGAAAACGUCGUCUUGAUCCACAUCAAUAACGACCUGGACUACAUGACCAUGAACGAUUUCGAAAAUACUGGAGAGGAAUGCGGGACAGCCUAUUGGUAG